AUGGAAGAAGAAGAAAACGCCCAAUCCGCUUACAAUCCAGAGACCGACGAAAUUAACUGGGACUGCCCGUGCCUCGGUGGCAUGGCCAACGGCCCGUGCGGUGAACAGUUCAAAGUAGCCUUCUCAUGUUUCGUGCACUCGACUGCUGAACCCAAGGGCGUAGACUGUCUGGAGGCGUUCAAGAAAAUGAAUGAAUGUUUUAAAGAACACCCAGACGUAUAUGAGAUCGCUGACGAGGACGAAGAUUUGGAAGAAGAAAAUGAAGAGAUCUCGGAAAUUAUUACAAGAGAAGUUGAAGGAACUUCGGGAACAAGUACAAAAGAAGCUCAAGAAACUUCAGAAGCUAACAUAAAAGAUGUUCGAGAAACGUCGGAAAAUAAACCAGAGGAUGUUCAAGAAACAUUGGAAACUAACAUUAAAGAUGUUCGAGAAACACCAGAAACCAAUACAAAAAAUGUUCAGGAAACUAAUACAACUAAAAAACACGAAAGAUAA